CUUCCUUAACCAGUUUAUUUUUAAGGUCUGAAGAGCAAUAAUGUGGUUUUACAAAUUAAUACCUAUGUUUUUACUGGCUACGGCAACAGUGAAUGUUCCGCCAAAUCCGCCCAUGAUAAACAUCAACUCGCCGGAGCCAUUCGUCGAGAAUUCUGUGAUAUCAUUGACUUGUUCAUCUACCGGCGGUAAGCCGACGCCAACAAUUUUUUGGCUGCGCAACGGACUAUCCAUUAAUAGUGCCAUAGUGACAUUUCCCAUUAAACCUAUGGGUGUGAUUUGUAGUCGAUUGGCAGUGCAGUUGACACGAAAUGAUCACCGGGCUAACUAUACCUGUGUAGUUUUCAAUGUGGCCAAUCAAUAUAAACCACUUGUUAACACAAAGCAAUUAAAUGUGCAAUACUCGCCCAGCAUUAGUGUCACUCCAACAUAUUCCCCGUAUCGUACGAAGCAGGGUUCUCAAGUGACGAUUACGUGCCUUGUGGACGCCAACCCGCCGUAUGAAUCGCUCACCUGGUACAAAAACAAAGUAUCUCAAUCAGUGAAGUUUACGACGCUUACAUUCCCAUCUGUAAAGAAAGAAGACCAAGGAACGUACACGUGUAAGGCAGCAAACCAAGUGUCAGGAAAACGAUACGAGGCCAACGCAUCGGUUACGCUUGAUGUGUUGUAUCCCCCAGAGAUAACCGCGCCAAGUUCCGUUGUCGUGGAUAUCUUCAAACAAGUAAAUCUUUCGUGUGCCGUGAUUUCCAACCCUCCUCCCACUGAAGUUCGAUGGGAAAAAAUCAGCGAUGCGAUCUCGUACAACGGUCCAAACUUUGUGUUUUCUGCGACCAAGGCCUCCACGGGGAAUUAUACAUGCACGGCCACAAAUCGACUGGAACCGUCUGAUGGAACGGCGGAAUAUGUCUCUACCAAACGCUACACCACACUCUGGAUACGAUACCCGCCUAGUAGUGCCACUAUACAACCAGUAGCAGAUGUUAAGAAGGGUCAAUCGUUGACCUUGACCUGUGGCAUGAGCGAUCCUGGCUAUCCUGCGCCAGAAUUCCGGUGGUGGCGGGCUCACAUCCCGGGUAGAGUCAUCUAUACGUCACCGAACCCGACGUUUACGAUAAGUCAAGCCCGACUGGCGGAUAACGGGAACUACACAUGCCAGGCGAGCAAUGAAAUUGGCGUAGGAGCACCAAGCACUGUCACUGUGGAAGUAAACUCUGCACCAGUGUUUGUUGGAUCGAUGCCGUCUGACGGUUCGUUAACAGUUCCCAUCACUCAGUCAAACGUCGUUUUGGAACAUCGAAUCGAGGGACGGCCAAAACCUAAUGUGGUAUGGUUCAAAGAUUUCGUGUCUAUCGCUUCGUUGACCAAUCUGUAUUCGGAAAUAACUGAGAACGGUUACACUCAGUUUAAAUACACCGUCACGACCAGAAUCAAGUUCAUUGGUUCCGCUCGUGACCAGAACCGCCUACAGAUUGAUGACAUCGGUAACUAUACUUGUGUGGUGUGGUCUGCAGCAACUUCCCAACAGCAGUCGCGGAACGUACGUUUGUCAGUUGGGUUCGAGCCGUUGAUCACGUCGAAUGCGCGAGUGUCCGCUCAACUUGGGCAGAAGACGACCCUGACAUGUAUAGCCAAUGCAAAUCCACCACCAUUAUUCGUCUGGAGCCAAAAUGAAAAGGUGCUUGCCAACACGUCUAGAAAACUUCAAUGGCAGGAGUCCACGGGAGUUAUAGCCGAGUUCAGAGGCAUCUUAGAAAUACAGUCGCUGAGCGUUGGGGAUUUCGGCCAGUACGACUGUCAGGUCACAAACAACAAGGGGCAGACCACUGCGUCCGUUCAACUGUCUAGGAAAUCUGAAAGUUACUAUGAGGGCACCACCACUGCGUGGAAGGAUGUCACGUGCAAUUUAGGAGAACCGCAGCUCAAAUAUCUUAACGGAGUUUUAGAAGUUAACGAAACAUUGUCAAAUAACGAUGACGUUUGGAUUGGUUACAUCUAUGCAAAGGUUCCAUUUUAACUAUUGGGUUGUGCAAGUCUACAGAGCGAGAACGGAGAGUACGUAGCAAAAAUUGGUGAUUGCUUCACAAUCUGUAGAGGUGGAAAAUUCGGAAUUCAACGGAAAAGUACUGAGCAGUCAGGUUUGCUUUGCAUCUGCGUCAUGG